AUACUUUGUCUGAUCUGUACGGAGAAACAAGAUGGGCAUAUUCAAAACUAGUGUUAUUGAUUUUAUGACUUUUCUUUUGAUGUUCUUUGGACUUAUAUUUAUUGCAAAUGGACAAUGGACGGCUGCAGGCGAGCUUGAAGUGAGAAAGCAGAAGCUAGAUUCGAUAACAUAUGACAGACUUGUCAGACCAACUGAAACAGUAGCUGUUAAGGCUGCACUUAAUCUGUUAUCGAUCGAUUCAUUGGACACUAAAUCCAUGACGCUUACAAUGACCGGUUGGUUGACAGUAGAUUGGACAGACAGCAGAUUGGCUUGGACUGUGGAUGGUACAUUAACAGCUGAUUACUUCUACGCUCUGGACACCGAAAUAUGGAAACCGGAACUCUUUAUUGACAAUUCGAAACAAGAUGUGAAAAUAUUAAACGACGCCUACCUACAGUUCAAAGUUGAGAAAACGGGUGUUGUCGAAUGGGAACUUCCUCUAAUAUUCCAGACACAUUGUGAAGUAGAUGUAACCUUUUAUCCUUUUGACAAACAAUCAUGUAGUAUUGAAUUAACCAGCUGGGCUUAUACUAAAGAAGAUUUGACACUAGAGGCACUUUAUGAAGUAAUAAAAACGGAAGACCUACAAGAAAACGGAGAGUGGGCUGUGACAGGCUCAGAAGUUAAAGCAAAAGAUCUUACAGAGACUAAAGCCUCUGGAUCAGUUAAGACGUAUCCCGUACUAGAGUUUGUUAUCACACUACGACGGAAACCUCCGUAUUACGUACCUGGAGUCAUCCUACCAGUACUGCUUGUAGCCUUUUUACAGAUCCUUGUAUUUGUACUCCCUGUUGAUUCGGGAGAAAAAAUAGGGUUUUCAAUCACUGUACUGCUGGCUUUGGCUGUUCUUUUAACAUUGGUGACGGACAGUAUGCCUGCAUCCGCAGUACAUAUAUCAUAUCUCUCUGUAUAUCUAGCUAUGACGCUUGUUCUUGGUGUCUUCUGUGUUUUUGCUACAGUGCUUGUAAUCCGGAUCAAUUUCCGAGAUGAUGCCGUGCCAGUUCCUAAAUGGGUUUACAAAUUAAUUCGAGGCUGUUGUGUUCCUAUUUCUUGUUGGAGAGGAUGUUGUAAAAACUCCGUGUCUACCAAGAAAGUAGACGAUAGUAUAUCCGUAAGUUAUGACAACAAUGAUGAUCUGCUCUGUUGGAAAGAUGUGUCCGCUGUUCUUGAUUGGUUCUUCUUCGUGCUAUUACUAGUCUUGACAACUCUGCUGACAUUAACAUUUACCUUGGUUUUGUUGAUUGGUGGCUACACAUAAAGUUGUAUCUGUUAUCACAUUUUAUAUUUAAUUUAUGUCUUCUUUUUUUUCAAUUUGUAACAUACUAAACGUCAUUAGCAUUUUAUAAAAUCAACAGAAACAUUUCGUUCACAAAACAUAUCUGCAUAAAUAUUAUGAAAUUUCUCCAGUAAAUGUGUGAUGGCUAUAAUUCUUUAUAUUCGUCGUCAUGUAAUUCACACAGAAAUUUUGUUAAUAACCAUGCAUUCUGAAACGACUAGUAUAGGCUUUUGUUUUAUAUAGGACUCAAAUGAUAACAAGUGACUUACCGUUGUUGUGAUUGGACGUCAAAAUUCAUUACAGGUUCCGGUGCUUACUUUGCAACAAUAAAGUGAGUCAAUGUAA